UUGGUAGGGGGUGGGGGCAUUGGAAGGAGGCAGUUAAAAGAGAGAAUGCCUUUGGAAGAGAACCCAAAUCCGAUAGAGGUGCGAGCAGCUCCUGCUGAAGGGGAGGCAAAGUAAAGGAUGAAAACUAAGUGAGGCGCUGUCCAGGGAAGUAACCCACUGGAGCUUCAGAGGCGGAUUGAAAGUAAUUAACGAAACCCCACUUCCUCCCCCUCGGCAGAUGUGAAUUAUUGAAAAGAAAAUGGCACAACGAAGCACUGUACUUCCUUCUCUUGUCACCGAGGAAAGGCGAGUUAGAACCAUGCCACGGCAUAGCCAGUCUUUGAGUGUGGCUCCAUAUUCAUCUGCAAGCCUGGUGGACCAGUUGGAAGAUAGAAUUCUGUGCCAUGAGAAAACAACUGCUGCACUCGUGGAACAUGCUUUCCGUAUAAAAGAUGACAUUGUUAACAGUUUGCAAAAAAUGCAAAAUAAAGGUGGAGGAGAUCGAUUGGCUAGACUGUUCUUAGAAGAGCACAUCAGAAAUAUCACGGCAAUAGUGAAACAACUUAAUCGUGAUAUUGAGGUCCUACAAGAACAGAUACGUGCCAGGGAUAACAUUAGCUAUGGAACGAAUUCUGCCUUAAAAAGUCUGGAGAUGCGCCAACUCUCUGGUUUGGGAGAUCUUCGGGGAAGAGUAGCAAGAUGUGAUGCUAGCAUAGCUAGAUUGUCUGCAGAGCAUAAAACAACAUAUGAAGGCCUUCAGCACUUGAACAAAGAACAGCAGGCUGCCAAACUUAUUUUGGAAACUAAAAUCAAAGAUGCAGAAGGACAGAUUUCUCAGCUUUUAAGCAGAGUUGACCUGUCAAUAUCAGAGCAAAGCACAAAGCUGAAAAUGACCCACAGAGAUAGCAACCAUCAGCUUCACCUUUUGGAUAUUAAAUUUAAAGGCACAGUGGAAGAACUUAGCAGCCAGAUUUUGUCUGCACGGAAUUGGCUGCAACAGGAACAAGAACGGAUAGAAAAAGAACUUUUACAGAAGAUUGAUCAACUUGCCUUGGUUGUUAAGGAAAAUAGCGAAAUCAGUGAAAGGACCAUCGAGAAGAAGUUCAGUCAGAUGUCAGCAAAGCUUGAUAAAAUAGAAGAGAUACAAAAGAAAAAUAUGGAAGCACAGAGACUGAAGUCUGAUGAUGAGAAGAUCAGUAUUCGAAUCAGCAAGAUUGAAUUGCAGAUGAAUGAAGAAAUGAAAGAAAUGAAAGCAGAAGUCAAUGCUGGGUUUGCAGCUAUCUAUGAAAGCAUAGGAUCACUCAGACAAGUUCUUGAAGCCAAAAUGAAACUUGAUAAAGACCAGAUACUGAAGCAAAUUCAUCAGCUAAAGAAACAAGAGGGUCCCAUGUAAAGAGGUUUGGGACAGUGAUAAAAAAAGAAGAAUUUGUCACUGGGGCUAGGAAACUGGAUGUUUGUGCAGUAUGGUUUGCUCUCUCCAGGAUGUGCAUGUACCAAACAAUGUGACAUGGGCUUAAAUUUUUAACUCGAGUUGGGAAGACAAUCUUUAGGUAAGAAGAGUAAGUACAUUUUUUAUAACUUAAUUUCACUUAUAAAUAUAAAUUCUAUGGAAUUUGUUCCAUUUUGGAAAGGCUUUUAUUCAUUUUAGGACUGAAAACUCUUCAAAAUAUUUUUCUUCUUUGAAUUAAAAUUUUAAUUUAUUGUAGUGAUGCUUUAGCUAAGACUGUUCAUCAUUUAAAAAAUGUCAGUGUGGAGGUUUAUGUUAGUAAGCUAAUGAAUUUGUUAGAGCAGUUGGUAUGCAAAAUAUAUCCCUUCACAGAAGAGAUAAUUCAAUGUUUAAGUCCAUGUUUGGAUUUUAUUGUUGUUUGUAAUUUCCUGCUUUGUUUGCUUCCUUUAAUUUUUCUUUCCCCUUCACUUGGAGUUUCCAUGAUAAUUUGAGUUUUCAGUUUUUAAAAAAUUGUAAUUUAUUUAUUUGGAUUCAAUACUAUUUGAUUCCAAUUCAGAUAGUAUAAGGGAUUCAUAAUGCUUCUUCAACUGCCAUAUCGAUUAUUAUCUACUUGAAAAUAAAGUAGACAAUCAAGAUACUUUUCUGGAAACUGUAGAGCCAAAAAUUGCUUAAAUUAUCUGGAUAUUUCAGAUAUUUAAAAUAAAACAUGAAUUACCUGAAUACUUUUCAGCUCUCCACAGCUUGUGUGAUAAGAAUCAUAUUCUGUAUAAUGGAAUUAUGGUUCACGGUAAGCUAUUAAUGCAGAAUUGCACAUUAACUACAAUAUGAUGUGAACAUUUUUCAUGAUUUUUAUGAACCAUUUCCUAAAUGUUCCCAAAAUGAAGAUUAAAAAUCUAGAAAAAUACUUUGUAUAUUAUUAUUAUUAUUGUAAGUGUAUUAUUUUGCCUUGUUUUUAUUAUGUUGAUGCACUGUACACUGAAGGUUUUGUUGACAAAAUAGAAGGCAUGAUAAUUCAAAAUGUGAUGUAAAAAUGAGAUGCUAUGUAUUUUAAAGUUGUAUAAUGUACUAGAAAUUUUAUCAUUGUUAAAAUACGAUAUUUCAGUAUAUUCUUUAAUGAAAUAAAUAAUUCAUACUUUUGUAUGGACAGGGAUUCAAGCUGGCAUUGAAUUUAUAACAUUGUUAAGAUAUUUUCAUCCACAUGAAUGGAAUUUUUAUGUUAUAGGUGUAUUUUUUUCAAUUGCUACCUUUAAUUAUAAAUUGAAAAUUAACACCUAUGCUGUAAUCUAAUCUAGAUGCUUAUAAAUCUAUGGAUGUAAGAUCUAUACUGAGAAAACCGUUCUAAACUGUGAGGGUGCUGUAAAAAAAUAAAAAUAGGAUUAUUUUAAAUGUAAAAUUUUUUUGUUACUUUUUUCCCUAAGGACUCAGGAAAAGAAGCACCUUCUGUUUUUAAGAUUAGUCAUAAAUGAAUCAUUUAACUGGCUACUACUGUUUACCCUUUUAAAAUAUGCUACUAAAACACAUACUUUUUUUUCCUCCUUGCCUUGGCAAAUGUUAAAAAAAGCCCCUAAGAUUAGAUAGAUGACAUUUGACCACCAACCUGUAUUUUCUUUAAUUUGAUUUUAGCAUCUGAAUGAGUGUCUAUGGCUAAGACAGCAUUCUCCUCCACAAACCCCAGAGCUGUUUCUUCUUUUGAGGUAGAAGCCAAUCCUACCGUAGAGAACUUGGGCCUCUCUAUAGGAACAUGGUAAUUGGGAACAGCUGGCUGAGAUGUGGUAUGGGAUGCUAUAGUCCCUCCUCUAUUAAGGGGUAUGCAAGAUCUUAGCCUGUCAGGCUUGUUGGAGCAGGCUUUAUGGAAUAUGUAUAAGUUGGCCAGAUAGAUGAUAAGGACCUUGUAUUAUUGUGGAGUCCAGGAUCCUAUGGUCCUAGUUCUUUUUAUAUCCUUGGAUCCAGGAUCCAGGAUCCAGGGAUGGGAUUGGCCUUCUGGGGAAAUGGGUUAGUCUGUUAGGGCUUCAUUUGGGCAGCACAUCUUUACAUUGACAUAAGCCGAGCAAGGAGAAAUAACACCAUUCACCACAAAGAAAACAAUGUUCUUUGGAAGUAUAAAAUUAGUUUAUCUCUUUGGCAUUGCAGUCAUUUGGGCCAAUUCCCUUUCAAGUCUAGUACACAGGGUGCAUGACUGUGGGAACUUUCCUUAGCUUUUGAUCUGUCCAUGCUUGAGGAGGGAGCAUUAGUAUCCAUGAACUUCUUUAAAAGAAGUGAUCAAUGCCAAAUUAGGUUCUUAAUGAAGGAGAGCCCAUAUGAAAGCAGGUGAUAAUCAUCUGUGUGCUGAAUUUCUCAGGUGCUUCUGAUGUUAUGGUCCUUCAUGUAAUGAGCUAUAUUGUAUUCUUAUCACCAAAGUUUAAAUGUAAAGCAUCUCCAGUGUCAUUUUCCCUUAUCAGAAAUUUGUAAUAAACAGUGCCAUAAAACCCCACAUGUAAAUGCUGUGUUUGGUUUUAAUAAAAAAUGGUUAAAUUUGGUGUGUGGACUUAAUUCUGUAGAAUGCUGUAGGAAAU